CGCCAUUUAGCGUGAGAGCCGCGUUGUUGGAGCGUCGUCCUGGGCCAAAUAUUUUCAAAAGCAGCCAGACAUCGAGGUAAAAAUACCAAAUAGACAGAUUUGAAGCAAAGCUAGUCGUCGCAGUACACGGUACGAGUCGCCGGGUUUCGUCUCAAGCAGCUAGCUUUGUUGCUAAUAGACGAGGAAGAUGAGCUACGGAAGGCCGCCGCCAGACGUUGAGGGGAUGACCUCCCUCAAAGUGGACAACCUCACCUACCGAACUUCGCCCGAGACUCUGCGCCGAGUCUUCGAGAAGUAUGGCCGCGUGGGAGACGUCUACAUCCCCAGGGAUAGAUACACCAAGGAGAGCCGAGGUUUCGCUUUUGUGCGGUUCCUCGACAAGCGCGACGCCGAAGACGCCAUGGACGCUAUGGACGGCGCGCUUCUCGACGGGCGGGAGCUCCGGGUGCAGAUGGCGCGCUACGGACGGCCGCCGGACUCCAUGUACAGCCGGAGAGGAGCUCCGCCACGCAGAUAUGGAGGUCGCUCAGCGAGCCCCCGACGGCGCAGACGUAGCCGCAGUCGCUCCAGGAGCAGAAGCCGUUCUCGAUCCAGGAGCCGCCACCACUACAGUCGCUCCAGGUCCCGUUCCUACUCCAGAUCCAGGUCGAGGUCCAGAUCCAAGUCAAAGUCCAAAUCCAAGUCCAGAACCCCCAGGCGAAGCAAGUCGAAGUCCCCCUCCAGGUCUCGCUCCCGUUCCAGGUCCAAGUCAAGGAGUCGUACGCCGCCUUCCAACAGGGGUUCCAGGUCUAAGUCCAAGUCCCGAUCCAGGUCCAAAUCCAAGAGCAGGCCUAAGUCUCCAGAGGGCAACGGAACAGAAUCCUAAUCCAAACGUGGACGCUUUAUGACGCUGCGGAGUCCUGUUUGCAAAGAGUGGAGGAGGAGAUGGGGGUGUGGCAGUAUGAGAGCAGUUAGUGUGUGACCCGCCCAUGUGACCUGCCUGUUGCUGAGAGCGAUGGCAGUUGCUAAGGAGCAGGGCACCGAGGCAACGGUGGUUGCUAUGGAGCAGGUCGUCAUGGCGGUGGUUCGGGCUGUCAGUUGGUGUAUGAGGUGGUGUGGUGAGGUACGUUCUCAGGGAUCACAGGUGGACGCCUGUGGUUUCCUCAGCCUCUCACAAAGGGAACGAAGCCGAGGUUUGUUUUUUUAAAUAUGCCCAGGUUAAAGUUAGCAUUUUGUGGACUGUUGGGCAAAGUCAGGUGUGUAAACAAAUGUGGAAAUUAUGACAAACUGUAGAUGUAAUACAGGGGAAGGGAUCAAUAAAGCCAUAUAUAAAUGUUAUUUAGGGCACUACUGCAUUUCAGUAUUUAGGCCAGUGGCAGGGGUUGCUCUUUCUGUUCGGCGCUGGUCAACUCUGUUCUUUCUUUCCUUCCAGGUCUGAUGAUCAAUCCUUUGUUGGGGACAUCGGGAGGAGUCUCACAUUAAGCAAGUGGACUCCACUAGUACCACUGAAUGCAGACUGAAAGGUUAUUGGCGUUUGGUCUAAAAUCUUUUAAAUGUUUAAUUUGACCUAAAACUUAAACCAAUUCUGUAACUUUGUUGUCACCAUUAUUGUCCAUGGUUGACCACAUUAAUGUAAAUUGUUUUUGUUUUUUGCUUCUCAUUGAAAUUAGUUUUUAUUUUUUCCUUUUUCAUUGAAUUUGUAUUUGCUAAUAAAUUCUGCUUUGAACUAAACUAAGCUUCAUUUAAUCAGACCUGUGGUUUAAUAUUCUACGCAAAACAAUUUUUCUAGUUCAUGUAGUCAGGUUGGAUGUUCAGUUUUUAGAGCUGUACUGUACGUUGAUGAAACUUAAACAUUGUAUGGCCACGUAAUUUGUAACUUGCUACUCCAGCAGCAUAGAAUUGUGUGUCAGAUCUUUUUUCUGUCUGGUUAAAGUUGCUUCCUAUGACUCUAACCCUCUUUCUUGUGUAUCUUUUGUGCACUAGGCGCAGUUGUGUAGCAGUUGAGUAAUGCUGGUUAGCUGUUAAGAUGCGGUGCAGUGCGGUGGUGACAUGGUGUGGCGUGUUGCGGUGCUGAGUGCCCGGAGCUGUUCCGGGGCUCGACCCUCCACUGCUGUUUGCCGGUUUGUAAGCUCACAGGUGGCAGAUCAUCCAUCCUCUCCUGUCCUUCCCUCAGUGUGCUGUACAGGUUCUCUUCACCCGUUUCUCAAUAUUCUCUCUCUGUCUUUACCUACCAUUAAAUACUGGUUUUGCUGGCUUCAUGAAAUUGGGCCUAGUGUGACUCAUGCAGAAGGGUUCAAAGGGCAGUUCUAUCUGCUUAAUAUUUUUGUGUAUUGCAUUCCUCUGUGAACCCCUCAGAUGUCUUGUUCAUUGCUUCAGGUGAAUGCUAAUAAACCUCUUCUAAAUAAG